AUGGGGACUGGUCAUGAGGUGGGCGUGAAAGUCAAGGCAAACAUCAUCACUUCUCUGGAGGAUGACUGGAUCAGAGCGGACUGUUUUGCAGCGAUGAGAACCACGGAGACGCACAACAACGUCACCGACCGGUGCGACUGGUCCAUGAGCGCAGAGAACGGCACCGAGACGCGCGUCAACGGGCGCCUGGACCCGGCCGCCUGCCUCUUUCGGUCAAUCAUGCCCAACAGUGGACAUGUCCCGGUGCUGGUGUGCGUCUUGGUGCUGCUGACCCUGGUAUCGCUCCUGGUGAACGGGUUCACUCUGUUCCGGCUCGGACGCUCCGAUGACUUAUCCUGGGAGCCGCGCUUCGCUUUCCUGAAGAACCUGAUCCUGAGCGACCUCAUGCAGACUGUGACCAUCGGCCCCGCGGUCAUCCACUCGCUGGUGCACCGGCGGACCAUGGAGUUCAACGUCUGGUGUCAUGUUCAGUUCUUCGCAGGGACCACCAGCAUUUUCGCCAGCCUCAUGACCAUCACGUGCAUGGCGCUGGAGCGCUACCUGUACGUGUGCCACGCCAUCCACUACCUGGUCAUCCUCACCAAAGUGCGCCUGCGGGUCACGCUCAGCCUGAUCUGGUGUUUCUCCCUGUCCAUCUCGUGCGUCACCAUGACUCUGCUGCACCUGAGUCCACCGCGACAGAUCGACCGCGCCGCCAAGGGGCUCAUAUGCGAGCCGGACGUGGUGGAGCAGCACAUGGGUUUCCCACGCGCCUCGGCUAUUUUCCGCAAAUUCACGGGCUCGUGCACUCUGCUCCUCUGCCUGGUGGUUUACGCGUUCUCCUACCUGCGGAUGUACCGGGACGCGCGCAACGCGGUGAUGCCGUUCAAAGCGGUGAACAAGACGGCGCGGAAGACCGUGCUGUUCUACUGCUCUAUGCUGUUCCUGCAGCUGCUGCCGCUGCUCAUCAAGGUCGUGUCGGACGCGCUGUGGGAGGUGGAGGGCACCGUGGCCAUGAUGACGCCGUCCUCACCGACUCAGGGACCUGGAGGAGUCCGCAACGACGCCACGCCGACGCCCUCGGCCACGGCGGUGGGGCUCCACAUGACCCUGCUGGUCCUGCUCAUCGUGCCGCCGUGCAUCAACCCGCUGGUCUACAUGAUGAGGUCCGCGGAGAUGCGCAGAGUGAUGCGCAGGAUGUUUCGACAGUGGCGGGAGGAGAGCUGGCAGCAGGGAGGCAGAGAUGCUGUGGAACCGACCCUCACUGGAGUGGACUAUACACUGUGA